AUGCAAGUACCACUUACUAAUAUACCCUUAGUAUUAGACUUAUAUACAUUUGAUAUGGUAUUGUCUGGAGGUGGUACUCUUGGUAGAGGGUAUGAAAUUUUGUCUCAAGAUCAUACAAAUAAGGGUUGGUUACGUGAAGGAGAUGUAAAAACUAUUACACUAGUAAAUGAAAGUGUAAAACAAUUAUCUAAUUCAAAAUUUGCAUAUAUGGAAAUGGGUGUUGCAAAGACAAAUGCAACUGGAUAG